AUGGCAGCAGCAAUGGUAAUAUCGAUGCCAGGUGGGUGGCCAAGACCAUCAGAGGAAAGUGAUCGAGGCAUCGACCACCUUCAGGUCCCAAGGAUCGAUACCCAAAUUCGACGACCUUCAAUACACGUCCCAACAUCAGUCUCUGCUUCGUCAUCUCGGAACAAUGAUGAGUUGUUCUUUGAUACUCCACUCUCAGCAAGCAUCACAGAAGUCAAUGAUACCCCCUACUUGAUGUUCGAGCCAGUUGUUGAAAGCGUAGAGCGGAACGACCAACUGGAGUGGUGGAGAUAUGAUCCUCCUCAAGAGCUAUUUAGAGUCCAAGAAGGGACUUCCGAGGAGCUUGCAGGUUUGAUCCCAAGAUCGAUCGAGCGAUUACGGACGCAACAAGAAGAGGCAGAAAGACAAGCAGCAGCGGCUCGAGAAGUUCGACCUCUGAUAAGGACAACGAGGACUGUGCCCAGACCAAGAAGAAACGCCGUACCAACAAUUUCAAACUUGGAUCCUUCAUCAGCAACUGAUGAAGAGUCGGAUCCGAGUAAUAACAGUGCCACUUCACUCGUAUCAAAUGAUUCUGGAUAUGCAUCAACAACACCAGAAGCAUCGAAAGCACCAGUGCAGGCAAUAACCAAUGAGUCCAUAUCAAUGACUUCUGGCAAAGGGAAACACAGAGGGCCAUUUAGUCUCAGUUCCCUCUUCAGAAGAAAGGACAACUCGACAUUCAACUUCGAUAUUCCUCACAUAGACACCAGCCAAACAUCAUCGUCACGAGACCGUGUCUCUCCUCACUAUUCGUCAGUCGAAGUUCAAGCCCCUAUCUCCCCUGUUCCUCAGGUCUCUGUUUCCGAAUCAUCGACAACGGAAUGUGUAUCAUGUCUCGAUGACUUUGCAAGCGGCGACAUGGUCAAGUUGACUUGCCACAGCUAUUGUACAGAUUGCUUCCAGCGAUUGAUCACCACCGCCCUCGAAACAGAAGCUCAAUGGCCUGCAAAAUGCUGCCUAAACCCCAUCCCCUCGGAAACAAUCAUCCCACAUCUCGACACCGCCACCAAAGAAAAAUACACCCAACGCUCCGCCGAAUGGUCCAUCCCAACCAGCGACCGAAUCUACUGCUCGCACGCCGGCUGCAACGCCUGGAUCCCGCCCCGCCGCAUCCACAAAUCCACCAACACCGCACGCUGCAAAUCCUGCUCGCACAAAACCUGCACUCAAUGUCGUGGCGAACCGCACCACGGCGUCGACUGUCCGCAAGAUCCUGCUUUGCAACAGACCAUCAGCUUGGCUGAGAUGGAAGGCUGGAAAAGGUGUUAUCAGUGUAAUGCGUUCGUGGAGCAUAAUCAGGGGUGCAGACACAUGACUUGUCGGUGCAAAGCGGAGUUUUGCUAUAUUUGCACUGCGAGAUGGCGUACUUGUGCUUGUACCGAUGCUCAGCUUGCUAUUGCGCAGCAAGAUGCUAAUGUAAGGCGGCAAGAGAGGGCCGCUGAGAUUGCGAGACUAGAAGCUGCUGCUGAGGAAGAAAGAAUUCUCGUUCAAAUGGUAGAAGAUUUUGAGCGGCAAGAAGCUGAACGAGCUGCGGCGGCGGCGGAAGAGCAGAGAUUGAGAGACGAGGAAGCAAGAGCUCGACGAGAAGAAGAGGAUCGUCGCAUUGAGGAGCGAAGGGUUGCUGCUAUCGGUCAACGAUUCCGUGAGUUGAACUCGGAGCUUGAAGGCCUCAAUGAAGUUCAAAGAGUCUUGAUCGCUGAACGAUAUGAGUUCGAGAUCGAGGUCCUGCGAAAAGAACGCCAGGAUGCUUUGGAUGCUCUUUCCGUCCGACACGUGCCAGAGAAAGAAGCGUUGGCUUUAUCUUCCGAGAAAAUGGUGUUUGAUGCUGAAUACUCGUAUAAACAAGAGUACCGCACUCGUCUGGCGGAGGAGAGACGCAUUGAGGAAGAAUACAUUGCUCAACUCCAAGCUUUUUGGCAAGGGAAAGAAAAUGCGGAACAAGUAGUGAGAGAGAAGAGAGAGGAGUUGAGAAGCGAACAAGAUCGUGAGUAUAAAUUCUGGGAUGCAUAUAGAAGGAAGCAGAUUUUCGCUGCUAAGGAGGGAGAGAAGAGGAAGAUGGAGAGAUUGAUGGUGAAGCAUGGGAAUGAGAUAAAGGUCGUGGAGGGAAGAGCAGAAAGCGAUGGGGUGGAGUGGAGGAGGAAGGUGAAGGCGGAAGGAAUGUGGGUGGAGGCAGUCGUGAGAGAAAGGACUGGUAUGUUGCAAGAGAUGGAAGUUGUUGAGUAUGGUAGAGUGUAG